AUGGUUUCUACUAAUGAUAAAGGUGGUUCGUCUAGUAUGAAAACAGUUGGUAAACAUGGUGUGACUCGGUUGCAAAAAAUCCACAAAGCCAAAAGCAAUGGAAAGAGGAUUGAGGUUCAAUGGAACGCAAGAGGUCAACCAAUCAAGCAUAAUAGCAAGAGUUCAACUAGUUAUAUUGGUCUCACGGUUCAUCGGUUAGUUCCAAUUAGUUUGGACAAUUGGAGCGCGAAAAAAAAUAAAGAGGUUGUAGGGGUUUAUAAACAAAACAUUUGGGAUGAAAUUGAAAAAGCUUUUGUAAUUGGCGAAGAACAUCGUGCAUUUAUAUAUAAAGAAGAUGGAAAGUUGCACAAGGCAUUCAGGACAAAAAUGGCAAUGUUCUAUCUAAGAGAUAGUAAGGGUGGUUUUGUUAAACAUCGACAGGCAAAAUUUUCUUACUGUAUAAAACAAGAGGAUUGGGAUAAAUUUGUAGCUCAGCGUCUGACUGAAAAGUUUCAGAAAGUUAGUAGUGAAAAUCGAGAAAGAGCGUUAAAUCCUCAACAUCCCUAUAGAAAGUCACGUUUAGGGUGUGCUCGUCUUGAAGCUGAAUGGUAG